CAGGAAGAUACUAGUUACAAUGUGAUAGACGAGGUAUCACUUGAUGGCAUGCACCAUGCUUUAUCAUAUUCCGUGGCUAUCGCCUAUCGGAGAACUGAUGAGUACAUUGGCCAAGCACAGAGGGCCAAUCAACUCCUUGAAAUGGAACAAAAAGGGUGAUUAUCUUCUAAGUGGUAGCAUGGAUAAAACUGCCAUUGAAUGGGACAUGAAGGCUACAGAAUGGAAGCAACAAUUUGAAUUUCACUCAGAUUCGUCGGCCAAGUAUGAACUCAGACUCCUAAAUCAUCUUUCAAUCUGCCUUCCCCUUAUUCUUCUACCUUCUCGCAGCACAGGCCAACAAAGAAAUCCCUAAGAGCAGCCCUCUCUUGUGCAGCAGGGGAAUUUGAGGAGAAGAGAGCGGCGAGAGGAGCGGUCUACCUGGUGCACGAGAUUAGAGAGAAGAAGUCAGCAAAAUUGAAGAAGCAGGACGAAGGCGCAGACGCAGGGACAGAAGCGCAGACGCAGUGACGAAGAUCGGAGAAGCCAUUGCUAGGGCGAGAAGAGCGCAGAAGCUUAAAAAAGGCCGGUUGUACCAUGCGCACUGUACAGCCGACUGUACGAUGUAUUUUACCCAAUUUCUCCAUCUCAAAUACUUGAGCAAGAAAUCUAGCGGAAAUCCUCAUAAAUAUCUACCCUUCGAAUCCCCUAACUUAUUCUCUAAUUUAGAAAAUCUAAAAGUCCAAGUAUAGAAACCCAAUAGGAUAUCAAUAAUAUUAA